AUGUCAGAUGACGAUGACGAUUUCCAGCCUUUUGCACUACCUGACUUUAGCGAAGACGUACCGCAUGCUGAUGGUUUACCCGACGAGGAUCCCUUUCUUAUUCCUAUUCCUGACCAGGAUCAUCUCAUCCUCGGACAUCCCGAUGGUGAGCAUGUCGUGGUUCUGAUCCUCGCCCCUUUGCCUCUUGCUGCUUUUCCUCUCGAGGAUUUGCCUUUUGAUGACUUAUCUGAUGAUGAUGUCGAUCUUUUUAUUGAUGGUCCCCCUGAGGAUGUCCAGGGUGAUGGAGUUCCAGCUGAGGAUGUCAUUGUUGUUCCAUUCGUUGAGAUUCCUAUUAUUGAGCAUUACCCCUCUGAUUCCGAUACUGAUACGGCCCUGUCUGCCGCACCUACUCCUCCACACGACUUUGAGUUUGACCUUGGGCUAGACUUUGACCCUGACGAUCAGCCUGUUGAUGCACCCGCUGAUCCUGAGAUGAUACCCGCGGAUCCCGAGCCGAUACCUGCUGAUCCUGAGUUGGUGCCUGCUCCUAUACCAACACCUGAGCCGAUGCCUGCAGCUCCCGAGCCUAUACCAGCACCUGAGCCUUUGCCUGAUUUUGAUCCUGUACCUUUUGGCAUACCUGAUGUUGCACCACUUAUACCACACCCGAUCCCUGCACCCGCUGACCCUACUGCUUUUGCUGAUCAGAUAGACCCCCGAUACGCUUUCACCUACAAUGGGUGGAUAGAUGAUGAUGAUGAUGUACCUCCUUUUGUUGAGCCAGUUACUCCCCUUCAUGCACCUGCACCUAUUGAUGCUGCCCUAUUUCACCCGAUCGUGUCUGAUAUAUACCGCACCGACCUGCCUAUCACAUUCUUGCAGGACAUUCCUCCACCCCGUCCAGGGGAAGGCCCCUCUAGCCAGCAGCCUGGCCAUGACCCAUAA